UCAUGUUUUUGCGAAUUUUUGCAUUCUCGAGCAUUGUUAACGCUAACAAACAAUGCAAAAGAGACGUUUCUUAUCAUUCCGAAUAAAAUUCUCAUCAAAACAACUCGAGACACGGGCAAACAGAGAGAGGCAAACUCAAUUUUCACAUGUGUCUACACAAAAUGACGUUAUUUUUGGCGAUUGCGCAUCUGGAAUGCAUGUUGCAAUCCUAAUGCACUUCAUUCGUGACUUUGAUAUUAAAAAUAGAACUGCAACGCGUAAGAGAAUUGUGCAUAAAAUGUCGUCUUUGCGCUUAAUUGUAAACAAAAAUGUCGUUUCCUUGCUAAAUCGAAGGUUUUUCUGCUCCGUGCCGCAGUCAAAAGUGAAGCACGACUGGAAUCGCGUUGUGAGCGAUGCAGAAAAAAUCGUCGGUUAUCCAUCGUCUUUUCUCAGUCUCCGAUGGUUGUUGAGCGACGAACUGGCAAAUAUCGCGCUGCAUUUGCGACAAUUGAUCGGAAGUAAUCAUCCGCUGCUGAAAACCGCGAAAAGUCUCAUCUACAGCGGCAAAUCACACAACAUGCAAACGUACGGUUUGAUUGUUUUGCUGUUGUCGAAAACAGCUGGCACGGCAACGGCGGUUAAUGAGGAGGAUCGGAGUGCGGGCGUGCUGCACUCGCAACGUGCCUUGGCCGAAGUCACGGAAAUGUUGCGAAUUUCUCACAUGAUUCAUCAGGGAUUGUUGAAUUUACAGACAUUGGAGGACCAUGGCAAUGAGUUGACGAGCAAUAGUGACCAGAUUUUCGGGAAUAAAGUUGCUGUGCUGGGCGGCGAUAAAUAUUUGGCGAAAGCUUUUGCGGAAUUAGCAAAAUUGAGGAAUCAAGACCUAAAUAUGUUAAUUGCAACCGCUUUUCGUGACAUGUCCGAGUCAAAUUUCAUCGGAGAUCGUGACGAACAAAAUUUUCCUCUUCCUUCGGAUCCAAAAAGUUACAAACCAGUCAAUUUGGAGGCGGAUUCCAUGGACGAGGAUAAUCUCAAACCGAUGAAUAUGCAAGGCGUCAUGGGAAAUCCCGAAAAAGAGUGGGCAGUUCGUCACAUUUUGAGUGCCGGAAGUCUUUUAGGCAAAAGUUGUCAAGGCGCCUUAAAAUUGGCGGGCUUUGGCGACGAUUUACAGAAGCAAGGAUACAUUUUUGGCAAAAAUCUCGCUCUGGCAUGGCAAGCUUGCAUCGAUUUAGAGCCUUUUAAGUGCAAAAACCUUCCCUCGGGAGCACAAUUUAGUCUCGUAAGUGCUCCAGUGUUGUUCCAUUUGGAAUACGAUCCGCAAAUUUACGAAGAAAUUCAAAAAGGAAAGACUUCCGUUGACAAUAUCAACUUUGAAUUGAUCCACAGUGAGGUCUUAAAAGGUCCUGGCGUGGAAAAAACUAAAAAUUUAAUCCAAAAACACAACAAAAUCGCGCUGGAAAAACUUUUGUUGUUUCCCGACUCCGAUGCGAGACGCGCCCUUGAGAAAAUAAUAGUCGCCAAACAAGAUUCUUGACUCCGCGCCACCUAAAAAAUCAUAGAAAAGACAUUUUUUUAGAAUAAAACUUUAUA